AUGUCGUGGACCAUCUUCACCAUCUCCGCUCCUCGCGAGAUCCUCACUCUAUCACAUAACAUAGAGUACCUCUCUUCUAUGGAGAUGGAAUUUGCCCCAGAGGAGCCCGGUAUUGACUUGGAGCACUAUAGUGAAAGCGUUACACCUGCCCCCCGUCAUUUCAGGCAAUGCUCGUCCUUCGCUUCACGACAGCGCACAAACCGAAAAGUCCCAGUAAACACAGGAAUCAGUGGCAAGCAGUUCGUCACUACCUUCCAGACGACGACAGGCGCUGUUAUCAUUAGAAACCUUUCCAAACAAAGGACGAAAAUCAAGGAGCAAGGUGACAAGCCCACCCAACUCAGAUCUCAGAAGGUUCUUUUUGGGACGAAUGUCACGUCGAUCUAUCUUCCCGGCUUAGAGCUGAGCAUAUCUAAGCCUUGGCAAGAUGGCGAAUAUUCCACUGUGUACAGCGAUUAUCUCGCAAGGCUUGCAUUAGUUGAGCCAGAUAUCAAUGCCCUCCGCCUGCAAUCAUCUGCCGCAACAGGCUCCUCAGCAGCCUCCGUCCUGAAUAUGUAUACUCGAACCACAACGAGACUCGGACAGGGAUCAUCUGGUGUCGUUUACCAAGGAAUGCAUCGACAAAGUGGCGAACUUGUCGCUAUCAAAGUUUAUGGAAAGCCACCUGACUUUCUGUCUCAUCCACAGGUGCACAUAAUCGAGUUAUAUUGUCAGACUGAUGGCGACGACGGGCCUGAACUUGUUAUGGAAUAUGCCCCAUUGGGGAACCUUGAGGAGCAAUGUCAAGUACAAAGAUUUUGGGACCGAGAUGGCCGGUCAAUUAUCCGCCAGACUCUCGAAGGCCUUUCAUUUAUUCAUGUGAAAGAUAUCAUCCAUCGGGAUUUGAAACCGACCAACAUCCUUAUUAUGACUCGCCAGCCGAUACUUAUCAAACUUGCUGACUUCACCGCGUCAACAACAAAAGACGUUCCGAGUUCUUACUGUGGCACUCCAAAAUACAUGGUACCCGAAAUCCCAAACGGAUCUUAUAAUUUUAAAAUCGAUAUAUGGUCCGUUGGUGUUAUUGGGACAGAGCUUUGGAUAGGUUUGCCUGAGGGUGAUCCAGUGGAAUGGCGCAAUCUGGCAGAACUCGUCCGCGACAACAGGGCUCUGACCUCCGAAGAUCAAAGCUAUUUCAGCUGGCUUCUAGAGCCUGACUGCGGAAAACGCCCAACAGCCGAACUCUGUUUAGGCCACAAUUUUAUCCAUGGCGAACCUACACAUGUCAAGCUGCCUUUGUUCGAUGACAGGCAUGGCGACCAGACAACUUGGUGCAGCACGAAGGAAUGGCCUGAAGGCACAGUUGUGGUAGCGUCUGCUGCCAUGACUAGCUCCGUUCCUUCCACGGCCAGAGCUGGGGUGGAUGUCUGGGUUGAAGAGACAAGUGGCGUUGAACAGAGCGCCAAUGCAACGUCUUUCAUGAAUGAGCAGGAUAUUGAACGCUGGGUCACCGCGUCGAGGCAUCAGCCCUCCCUAGCUUCCUCUCGCCAAAUACCUGAAUGGGUGGAUUGGGAGUCAGGAAAUUAUAAAUGUUGGGCUCCCAAUGUCUCGCUCCCUUCUACACAAGACCCUGCAGCUAGCUUUGCGAGUGAAUCUACAAAUCGCAGAGUAAGCCUUAACCCCAAAAAGAAGAAGCUUCGCCGUGUGCAGAAGACCAGACCAGGAAAAAUACCCAAGUCUUUUGACUAUAUAAAAUUCUUCUUCUGGAGAAAUUGCUGGAUUGCAUACAACAAACAGGAAGACACUAUCAACGUCGCUCAUGUGCUGAAGGCUAUGAACAUUGAAAAAAGAGAAGUUUUGUGGACAGCAAAAUGGAAACAAACGCUAGGGAAGAGAACUGUCUUGAACAAAGGGAAUUCUUCAGCCCUCAGUACAAAUGUUCCGUUUGACGAUGCAGUCCUUGUUUGCAACGCAUACCAUGUUGGGAAACAUUUUGUUGGGGCAUUCCAAGAAUGGUGCACUCGUUCAGCUUUGCCUCGUUUCUCAGGGUUGGAAAGUUUUUCGAUUGUUUAA